CUAUUUUGCUCACCCCAAGAGAGAGAAAAAAAAGAAAAAAACCAAAGUACAGGAGAGGGCCAUAGUUCCUUGCUCGAGUGAUAGGGAGAUAGAUCGACAGAUUUGAUCAAACUCACUAAACUCCGAGCCUCAUGAUCCUCUCAAUCUUGUCUCCUCUAGUUGCAUUGCCAGGUUGUGUCGCACAUUUCGCUCCAAUCAACAUGAUGCCCACUUGAUCCCCAAACUCUCGACAUUUCGCUCCAAACACUUUUUCAUUUUUCGGGUGUUUCGUUGUACUACGAUCUCUCGAAAAACUCGUUUCUCGAAACCAGAUAGCUAUCAAAUUACAUAUUAAUCGAUCUUAGCAGGACAGGUCACCACAGGGAAAUCCCAACCCUAUAUAAACCCUUCCUCUUCUUCACCAUUUUCAUCACGUCCGCCUUGGUCAUUCUGUAUACUCAUACCUUUCUCUUCGAGAUACAGCAAUGGCUUCAAAGGCUCUUGCACCAACUGCAUUCUUUUUGAUCCUCAACCUCCUUUUCUUCACAUUAGUCAGCUCCACUGCUGUGCCAUGCCCACCUUCACCAUCAAACCCGCACCCGCACUCGCAGCCAGCGAAGCCCUCUUGCCCCAGGGAUGCCCUGAAACUGGGCGUGUGCGCCAACUUGUUGAAUGACUUGGUCCACGUCGUCGUGGGCACACCUCCGAAGACCCCGUGCUGUAGCCUCCUCGCGGGCCUUGCCGACCUCGAGGCUGCCGUCUGCCUCUGCACUGCCAUCAAAGCGAGCAUCCUCGGGAUCAACCUCAAUGUCCCGGUCUCGCUGAGCUUGCUGCUGAAUUACUGUGGGAAGAGUGUGCCUUAUGGCUUCCAAUGUGCAUGAGGGCUCUUUCAUUUUGCGUGAUGUUGUAAUUCACUUCUGGCUACAUUGCUUUCCUCUUUGCUUUUUCCGGUUUUAAGUUGAAUUACUGCGGUUGGUUGCUGUUAUUCCUUCAUUCAACAAUAAAACGUACUCUUUUCUUGCA